AUGUGGAAAGCAAAGAUCGACGUCACCUGGAUAAUCGAGCCUAAAGACGUAAACCAAGUUGACAAGGCCACGCUUCUUAGCCAUCAAUUCUACACGUUUGACGAUGAUAAAGCAGAUGCUUGGCAAAAGAAUCGAAUGCAAUCCAGGCAUGCAUUCAAUUCUGACGAGUAUGCAGAAUAUAACUACUGGUACAGAUUCGGAAAAGCACAGCUUGCCGAAGAGGAGGAGUCAGAUCAGGAAAAUGAAUCGGACGAAAUGGAAAAGGAUCCUCCAAAUGACGAGUGGAUUGCAGAAGAUGAAGAAAUAGAGGAGGUAGAUGUCGAAAAGCCCUGUAUUGUAGGAGAGCUGUAA